UCGCGACAUCCCUGAAAUAUUCCUUUUAAGUGUCAAGAAACACGUUGUUUACUCGUUAUUUCCGUGUUUUUAAUUGGACUGUUUUGAUAUGUAUUCUCUCGUUUCAAUCGGCAGCAUCUUUUCAAGCGCACGCAAUCGAAAUUGUAUUGAGCUGUGAGCGUCGUAUGAAAACGACGCUGUAACCAGCGUCAUUUGUUCAUCGGUGUUUUUACGGCGUCGUCGUUAGAGGUCAUAAGUAAAAAGAUCGUUAAUAAUCAAGAAAAUCCUUUAUAUAGGCCUAUUUUAUGAAAUGGACGACGGUUGAAAAAGAGGGGAAAAUGGGGACGGCACCAAAUUUAGAGAAAUUAUGCCGUAUUUGCACUGCUGAACAAACGGAUAAUAUUCUUAUAUUUAGUGAGGAAGGGAAGAAACUUUAUUUAGAAGCGAAAAUGAAGAAAUAUUUACACAUAGCGGUUUCAAUUGAGGAUAUUUUACCCAAAAUGGUUUGUACAAAUUGCUGCAAGAAAUUGGAUAGUAUACACCGUUUUGCGUGCAUGGCAGUAAAAAUGCAAGACAAGCUGAAGAUGUUGCUGGAAACUCCCUCGUCUACAGAAGAAGUAAAGAAGGAACACAGCAUAUUGCACUCCAUACUUAGCAAGGGAGCUGAACCAGAGUGUGAGGUUACAGAAGUGGAGGUGCGGGUAGAUCCCAUGCUUUUCCUUUGUGCUCUGGAGGAAGAUGGCAGCAGUGAUGAAGACAAUACUACUGACAGUUUGUGCCAUCAGACUUCUGCUCUAAAUGACAUGGAGCAGGCAACAUUACCUCCUUCACAAUUAGCAGUUGUCUCACCUGCAUCACCUGCCACAGUGCCAGCUUUGGAGAAGGAAAUAAAACCUUAUCGCUGUUCAAUUUGUACGAGAGGUUUUAACAAUGAAAUUGGAUUACAGAACCAUCUGUGGAGCCAUCUUCCUCCAGGGCGUCGUAUUCUUACAAGUACUGACAACAACAGCCAGCUACAAAGACAAUCACCUGUGUAUUCAUCACGAGGAGUAUUGCAUACCAACACCAAUCCUUCAGUUACCAAUAGCAACAAUAUGAGAUUUGUAUGUCCCAUCUGUGGUAAGAGAAUUUCAACCAAAGGAAACCUAAAAGUGCAUCUUGAGACUCACCGGCCGAAGGGGAAGUACGGUUGUGACAUUUGUGGCAGAGUGUUUAAAACACAGUCUAAUCUGUACCGCCAUAAGGAUUAUCAUGGAGGUAUACAAUUCCCAUGCAGUGUAUGUGGAAGAGUGUAUCCCACAAACAGCACACUUCGAGCCCACAGCAUUACUCAUAGUGACCUGAGACCUCAUGCAUGUCCACUUUGUGACAAGACCUUCAAACGUAAUCAGGAUCUCAAGUUUCACAUCAAUCAGCACACUGGUGCACGACCUUAUCAGUGUCCAUAUUGUCCUAAAGCUUUUGCUAGCUCAGGCAAUUGUUUCUCACAUCGGAAAAGAAUGCAUCCCCAGGAGGUUGAACGUGACCGAGAACGAGCCGCACAGAUAAUGCGGUGAGAUGAUGAUAGCUGCUAGCAGGAAUUUUUGCUGUAAAAAGUAAGGUCUCUUCCCACUUGUAUCAUAAUAUAGAUAAUUUUGUCUUCACACUAUAGUUGUUGCUACCUGAUCAUCCACAGGUAAGGUUUUCUUCUG